GGAACAGAAUGCAGGGAAGAUAAAGCAGGGUUAUAUUUGAGUAGAGGGAUGAGGAAGAUGGGAAAUUAGGCGAAUGCAGCUUAUCAGAUACAGGAAUGCAAUUUAUCAGAGACAAUGCUUUUUAACACAGCAGUAAUGAGAACUAAAAGGGUUAAAAAAGGAAAGAAACUGGGCGGGGAGGAGUGAGGGGAAAGGCAGCACUGACCCGGGAGAGAGAAAUAUACAGAAUAGAAGGAGGUGGUGCAGGAGGCGGAGGACAAAUCCACCCUUUGCUAAUACUCUCUAUGAGGAGCCCGGACUCUGCUCGCCUCAGGUAUAUAUCAUAAUAUAUAUGUAGAGGAGCAGCGCGCAGAAAAGCUGCAGAUCCUUUAAGGUACCAGGAAAGAGAUCUAAGAAGGUUUCUAAGGCUUUAUCUUUACACACACUACAAAGUUAUUUUCCUAUUAAUACCUGAUGUUGGAUGGCAUUAUAACAAGUUUAAGAACCAGGAUGGACUUAAAGAAAUGCAGUGUAUGGAUGUUCCUGCCUCUUGUAAUGGCUGUGUUCACAGCUGUUGGCUUAUGGAUAGUAUAUUUUAUUGCCAUAGAAGACAAUAGAAUUUUUCCAUUAAACCUAGACAGCAGACCACCCGCAAAAAGGCCUCCGUAUAUAAGUAUUGCAGGUGACGAGCCCCCUGCAAGCUGUGUGUUUAGCCAAGUCAUGAACAUGGCAGCAUUUCUAGCCCUAGUGAUUGCUGUCCUGCGUUUCAUACAGUUAAAGCCAAAAGCAAUAAAUCCAUAUCUCAGUGUGAGUGGCCUUGUCGCCUUGUGCUUGACAUCAUUUGGCAUGACCUUACUGGGCAAUUUUCAGCUGAAAAACAAUGAGCAAAUACAUAAUGUUGGAACAUCCAUGACCUUUGGCUUUGGAACUCUAGCCUGCUGGAUUCAGGCUGCAUUAACCUUUAAAAUUAAUAUAAAAAAAGAAGGAAGGAAAGCUGGAAUUCCAAGAGUUUUAUUAGCAGCAGCCAUAACAAUCUGUGUUAUUCUUUACUUUAUCUUCAUGUCACAGAACCUUCACAUUUAUGCGCCACGUGUCCAGUGGGUUCUUGUCAUGUGUUUCUUAACAUACUUUGGCACCUUUGCAGUGGAGUUCCGGCACUGCCGAUUUGAAAUCAUUUGCAUUGAAAAUCAGGAGCACCAGGAGAUUUUCCAUAGCUUCUCUGAGAACCUUUCUGAUGUAUGCUCUGAAUACCAAACUGAUCAGGUGUAAAGCUCAACUUGGCUGGCAAAUUCUGCAAACAUAACCACCAAUCUGAUAUGUACUAUAAACUUAGGAAUCUGAACACUAGUUUUGUAACUUUAAUGUGAAAAAUGAGGAUUAUUAACAACUUACACAGUUCUUCAUUUCUUUUGCAGUGUUUGUAAAAUGAUUUCUUUUUUAAACUGUCUCGUAUUUGGGAUGUUACAUAAGUCAUCAAGUUAGCAUCUUGAUACAGUAUGUCCCUGUAGGUUUGUAUAAGUCUAACAGCUAGCGAUGUGGUAUGGGGCAGAUUUAUUAUGCUGUGUAGCAGACGGCAACCAAAUUGGCCAUGUCGCCAGGCUUCACCAUGUAAAAAUGACAUAAAAUUGACGUCAUUUUUUUUUUUACACGCUUUUUCUUCCGCCAGAAUUUACGUAAAAUAACGGCGUAAAAUCUGGUGUUUGGAUGCCGAACUUGUCCAUUUAUCUUACACAGCUUAUACACCGUUUUAUCAGCACAUUUCAUUUUACACAACAUAAUGAAUAGGCCCCUAAGAGUGCAUGUGAGCAUCAGCAGUACAUCACUGCCAACAUUUAUUUGUGUCAUACUUGUUAUUCUACUUGUUCUGGUAUAUGAAUGAACUGAAUUUCCAUAGGAUGUUAGCAAGUAACAAAUAUGCAUAGUUAUUACAGAUUUGUGUGUCUUUAUGCAGGUGGGCACAUACGCAUUUUUAAUUAGGGCAUUUAUGUUAGGCCUGCAAAUGGAAUGUCACUGCCAUCCAAACCUAAUUUACCCACAAGGCAAUAACUAAUGUAAUGGCAAAACAGGAGUGUGAAUAGCACAACUAUAAAAAAUGUAAAAUUCAGUUUACUACUGUCCUGUUACAAAAUUGAGGAGCUUUGUCCUGUAUUUGCAGCAUGUAAAUUUGUAAUGAAAAGGAAAUUAUAAUUGCACCACUCCCUUGUUAUACAUAAAAAUAAAUAACAGUGGUGUCAAGUAAAAAAAAAAAAGUAUAAACUGAGCUAAAACAAAAGAAGAAUUAAAAAGGUUCAAUUAAAGCAGAAAGAAAGGUAAAAACUAAGUAAGCUUUAUCAGAAAGGUCUAUGUAAAUACAGCCAUAAGCACUCACAGA